GUUGGCCAAACUUACAAGCACUUUACUGGUAGCAUUUCGCAGUCCAACAUCUCCACUAAAGAUGAACUCCAUGGUGAAGACUUUCAUCGUUCUUCUUGCAUUACUAAUAUUAAUCAGUCAGAAUAUAGAAGCCAGGCCUCAGGUUGAGGGUGGAUUGAACGGCAUUCGUGGGGGUCUCGGUGGUGCUCUGGGAGGCGUUACUGGAGGUCUCGGUGGUGCUCUGGGAGGCGUUACUGGAGGUCUCGGUGGUGCUGUAGGAGGCGUUACUGGAGGAUUCGGUGGUGCUCUGGGAGGCGUUACUGGAGGUCUCGGUGGUGCUGUAGGAGGCGUUACUGGAGGUCUCGGUGGUGCUCUGGGAGGCGUUACUGGAGGUCUCGGUGGUGCUGUAGGAGGCGUUACUGGAGGUCUCGGUGGUGUGGGAGCAACAACCCAGUGGCAGUGGCAGCUAUUACUCUAAUCGUCCGGUUUACUACAUAAGCAAUCUAUCUCGGCCGGCAGCGUUUUGCUGAUUGCUAUCUGGCAAGCCCCUAGCAUUAGUCUCCAUGCCUGAAUCCUAGGUUUGUGUCCUGAAUGUCCUAAAUAUACCACUGCAUACUCACAUGUAAGUUUCUGAAGUGAUUAAAAACUAAAUUAUUUACA